GCUCCCGGCGCUCCCCGGAGCCUUGCCAGAAUACUAUGGAUCAGAACUUCCAAGAAGAGUUUACACAAAUUAUUAAAUUUGAACCUCCUUUGUACAAGCAACGCCACCAGUUCGUUAAAGAUUUAGUGGAGAAAUACAAACCUAAGAAGGUGGCAGAUUUAGGAUGUGCUGAUUGCAGCCUUCUCUGGAUGCUGAAAUUCUGCAGUUGCAUUGAAGUGUUAGCUGGGCUAGAUAUCUGUGCAAAUGUGAUGAAAGAGAAAAUGCAUACUUUGUCUCCUCUUCCUGUUGAUUAUUUGCAGCCAUCUGAAAGAUCCCUAACUGUUACCUUGCAUCAUGGUUCAGUUGCCCAUAAAGAUCCCUGUAUGCUUGGUUUUGACUUGGUGACAUGUAUUGAACUAAUAGAACACCUGGAUGAAUCAGAGCUGAAGAAGUUUCCUGAAGUGGUGUUUGGUUUCAUGGCUCCAAGCAUAGUUGUGAUCAGCACUCCAAAUUCUGAAUUUAACCCUUUGCUUUCAAGAGUGAUGUCAUACAGGCAUCCAGACCACAAAUUCGAGUGGAGCCAAGCACAGUUUCAAAACUGGGCUCAAGAGGCUGCUCGAUGCUAUGGUUACUCAGUGGAAUUUACUGGCGUUGGGCACCCACCAGCAGGAAUGGAGAAGGUUGGGUUUUGUACCCAAAUAGGUGUGUUUGUGAGAAAAUAUCCUCAAACUGGUGAAUCAGUUCAGUCUGAGAAACCCACUGAAGCAGCUUACAAAACAGUCUUCAAAGCAGUGUACCCAAGUCUUAAAGAUGAAAAAUACUUGCAGAAUGCAGUGAUCAGUGAAGUUAUUUUCACAGCCGAAAUCAUUAAGCACCGUUUAAUGUCAAUACGUGAGGAGUACAGUGAUGAUCCUGAGAGAAAAUCCAAAUUCCAACCUUCAAUGGACUGUUUUUCAGACUAUCUUGGAAAACUGGUUGUUGAAAAACAGAUGGAACCAUUUAUCAGUGGAAAUGAGGUUUACAUACCUCUUGCAACAAUCUUUUCGUUUCCCAAAGUGAAUCGCCUCUGUGGUACCUUUGAGAAGUUAUGCAAGCUUAUUGCUGGCAAGGUCACACUGAGUAGUGAUGGCUCUGCUGUGAUGUUCAGUAUUGAGCAGGAAGAGAAUUAGAUCUCACACAAAGUUCAGUUGAAGUAAUGAAAGUGGUUUUUUUAAAAGCUGUCAGAUGCAAUGUUCUGUAUGCUAAGUAGACCACAAAGUAUUUUCUAACCUUUAUUUUAUUUGGUCUUUAUCUGUCAGCAUCUCUCAUUGACUGAAGGUGAGUGCUUCUGACAAAGGCAGCAGUAACUCCUAGGGGUUUCAAGUAGAGUAUCAGGAGCUAAAAGGAAAUAAUUCCUAAGAAGAAAAUUAAGUAUUUCUGUUAGCUUUCUAUUGCUUUAUUGUAGCUAUCAUUACUAGAUUAUUUCUAGUAGGCUCUUUUUAGCUUCAAGGAUUGUUUGUUUUGCCAUCUACUGUGUUGUGCUGAAUAAUGUGAGUCAGACAUAAGUUUAGGGCAAGUUUUUUCUUAAUUUCGGCAAAAUUUAUAGAUGCCUUUUUCAAGAUGAGUACAUACUCAGCCUUGAUGAAAACCAAAUGUUGUUCAGCUGAAUUGAAAUAUGAAACUAUCAUCUUUGUUCUGUUUUUGAAAAAAAAAUGCAAAAAAUUAAAGAACUGCAGUAAUUGUGAAUGCUAACCUGGCUCUGAAAAAACUUCUGUUGUUUUCAUGUGCAGCUGCUGUUCAAAACUGUAAAAUCCAAAUAGAAUAGAUGGAAAAAAAUUAAUAAGAACAAAACUCCACAACACAACCAAAAAACCCCUCCAACAUCAAAAAAGAGUGCAGUAUCCUGAAUGUAAGGGAAAUAAUGUGGAUAUCUAUUGUUUGGUUAUGGUCAGAAUAGUUGAAGAGAACAUUUCUGAUCAGUGUUGUGAAUUAAAAAUUUUCCUUCUAGAUUAGAAA